CGGCGUGUUGUGCAUGGCUUAAACUCAUCUCAUAGGUGCGCACGAUGAUUCAUUCGGCACGCAAACACGCACACGUCUGUCCGUCAGCGAGUGACACACACACAAAAUAACAGUAGUGUCUGUGCUAACAUAACAGACUAUACACCGCCACGCAUGGAAUACCGAGCUUCCCGUCCCCACCACACCACACCAACCACCCCAUUCAUUAUAUACUCAAUCAAGAGCCCGCAGAUAUGCCAUGCAAUCCCUCUCCCGCCGUCUCGUCUCAUCCCGCCUCUCUGCCGCCUCCCACGCACUCGAGACGCCCAUCACCACCCACUCGGGCAAAUCGGCACUGAAGUCAUCCCGCUCUUCGUAUUUCACCACAGUCAGAGCUCUGAGCUUUUCUUCGGCCCUCGACCGCCACCACCCCCUGCCCCUCCCCCUCGUGGCCGCCAGCCGUUUCAUGUCGCGGUGUGAGUGCGGGGCGGUGAGGGAUGCGGGCGGGGGAAGGGGUAUGCCGAGUGGCGGUACUGCACCAAUGUCUCUCUGAUGGGGGAUGCAUGGCCCACCCGUGUGGUCCAUCUGCCGCCUCUCAGGGUCAGCGGUGAGGGCUGGCGACGAUGAGGCCGCAGACAGCUGAGCGGUUUCCUUGGGCUCCUCUGCCGCUUCUUCCAUCACAUGGCGGGGGGGCAUGCGGAUGAAAUCCUCCAGCGACAUAAUCGGAGCCUCACCCUCAUCGGCCGAUGAUGCCGGCUGCGCCUCAAUAGCCCUCCUCUCCUCGUCCGACGGCAACUCAACAGCAGCAGCAGCAGCAGCAGCGAUAGACUCCGACGGCUGAGCCACUUCUGACCCUCGACGGUCCUCUCCCUCAACCAUAGGCACAGCAGAUGGCAGGCCCGGUGCUGGUGCUGGCUCAGCGGUCUUAUCGGCAGCUUGCUGGUCCUCGGAGCUCUUCCCCUCAGCAGCAGCGGGUGGGUGCGACACGGCCGCAUGAGCACCGCCCCCAGCAGAUGGCGAGCCAGGCACACGCGCAAUGGGCGGCCGGACCUGCCGCAAUGGCGGCAGAAAAGACAGCAUUGUCUUGUCGUCAACAGACCUUGCCGAUCGCGAGCCGAGCUCGUCGGCUUCAUGUUCCUGCUGCUGCUGCUUGCGUGAGGGAGGCAGCACCGGCAGGGAGGGUGUUGGGCUGCCUGGCGCGUGUGGGUGUGGCGGCAGAACGAGAGGGGGCUGCUGCUGCUGCUGCUGCUGUGUCUGGGGCUGUGGUUGCGUUGAAGGGGAGGAAGGGAAGGACGGAAAAGGGAUAACUGUGGUGGCGGUGAUGGAGGUGGGGCAGCUGGGCGAGGCAGGCACCGACGCACCCCGCCCUGCAGCACCGGGCUGGGCACUGGCAGUGGCCAUCCACGAGCCAAAGAACGAUGACACCACGGGGCUCUGAAAGACACAGACAGACAGACAGACAGACAGACAACACAUUCUUGGCCAUUCAUUUGCCGCGUCCUGUGUCCUCACCACCAGUGUCUGCGGGGGGGUUGGUAGUGUCGGCAUUGUCGGCAAUGUCGGCAAGCUCAGCCGCCGGAAUGCUGCAGCAGUGCGGGAGGGCGCCAGCAGCCAAUCGGGUAUCUCCCCAAGACCGAUAGAGUGGAUGAACUCGUUGGCGAAGUGACACGAGUUGCGGUCGACUGCGUCGUAGGAGUCGGCUCUCCAGUCGCUUGCCAUCCGCCUGAGAAUGAACUUUAUCUCCUCCUCGCUGCGACGGGUGAACCCCUGACACCCAACACAGCACAGCACAACAACCGUGCCAGCCAGAGUGAUGCUGCUUCACUUCACUUCACUCUGCCCUUUGCUCUCUCACCAUUUCGAUUCGCUGCCUGUGUGUGAAGCCCUGCUUUGGGCCGCCGGGAUUCCAGCUCACAGCGAUGCCUACAGAGGGAUAUUGACGAAAGUGAGCAGACGAUAAGCGGCGAGAUGACAAGCGAGUCCUCCAUCAGCAUAUGACUGGCUGACCUGAGUCGUUGAUGCAGCCUGGGCGGCUCUCGCUGCUGAAGUCCAGUUCCUUCUUGUAGACCUCCACGCCGCAGUGGUACACGCCUGCAUGGCAUGCAGACAGCACACGGAGACCUCCAUGCACGCCUCUAUAGAAGUGUCGAGGAAAACAGUGCUUUGGCAGUGGUUCGUUCUGUUACCCGUGCCGAUUGCUCGCAUGAUCUGACCGAUUGCAGGGUGUGCAGGGUCAUACACGUGCACGUACACAGGACUCCCAUGCUCAUCCAUUUCGCUCUUUCCCUCC